ACACGCUUUUUCCAUAUGAACAGACAGUGAUCAUGCCGCUUGCUAAAGCCAGCGUGUCUCGCUUCCUCAUCACAAGAAAGCGAAGGAGAAGUUGUUCUCUCUUCCCUCGCGACUCUUCGCCUAUAUAUAUCGAACAUCUCCCUCCCAGUACUUCACCAUUGUUUUAUCCACUUUUCUCUCUUCUUCCGAUACUGAAUCUCUCUUCGAAUCACUUCGAACCCGUCAACUGCGAGAACCGCCCGGCUCGGAAAUGGCGAUGAAGCAUGCCGGUGUGUCUGCCAUCAGAGCUCUUUGUUCGUCUCCGAGCUUGACUCGACGAGUCCAUUCUACUGCUGGAAGCAAGAAGAUCGUGGGUGUGUUCUACAAGGGCAAUGAGAAUGCCGAGUUGAAUCCCAAUUUCGUGGGCACUGUCGAGAGAGGUCUGGGCAUACGCGACUGGCUGGAAUCGCAGGGCCAUCAGUACGUAGUCACAGAUGACAAAGAGGGACCAGACUGCGAACUUGAAAAGCAUCUUUCCGAUCUUCAUGUCCUCAUAACGACCCCCUUUCACCCUGCCUAUGUUACUGCGGAAAGGAUCAAGAAGGCGAAGAAUCUGCAGCUUCUUCUCACUGCUGGGAUUGGUUCCGAUCACAUCGAUUUGAAGGCUGCGGCUGAGGCAGGGUUGACAGUUGCAGAAGUCACUGGAAGCAAUGUAGUUUCGGUUGCAGAGGAUGAGCUCAUGAGAAUUCUCAUUCUUGUAAGGAACUUUUUGCCUGGAUAUCAUCAGGUCAUCAAUGGGGACUGGAAUGUGGCUGGCAUAGCACACAGAGCUUAUGAUCUCGAAGGAAAAACUGUCGGGACCAUUGGUGCUGGGCGAAUUGGCAGGCUUUUGCUACAGAGAUUGAAGCCUUUCAACUGCAAUCUCCUUUAUCACGACCGUGUCAAAAUUGAUCCGGAACUGGAGGUUCAGACUGGUGCAAAAUUUGAGGAGGACCUCGAUGCAAUGCUUCCGAAAUGUGACAUAAUUGUGCUCAACACCCCUCUGACUGAGAAAACAAGAGGAAUGCUUGAUAAAGAGAGGAUUUCCAAGAUGAAGAAAGGUGUGCUUAUCGUCAACAAUGCUAGAGGAGCGCUCGUGGAUACACAAGCUGUUGCUGACGCCUGUGCCAGUGGACACAUCGGAGGUUAUAGUGGAGAUGUCUGGUUCCCACAGCCUGCACCGAAGGACCACCCCUGGCGGUACAUGCCGAAGGCCAUGACGCCUCAUAUUUCCGGCACAACUAUAGACGCCCAGCUGCGAUAUGCGGCCGGAACCAAAGACAUGCUGGAUAGGUACUUCAAGGGAGAGGAAUUCCUCCAGAAUUACAUCGUCAAGGAGGGCGUGCUGGCCCCUCAGUACCAGUGAUCUCUCCGUCUCCUCAGCUUGUGCAGUUUCCAUGUUCGAGAAUUCGCGAUCGUUGAGCUCAUUAGAAGUUGCAGGAUCUUGAAUAAGUGUAGGUAGUAAUGCUGCCGUUUCAACGUUUGUUCUUAAAGCGUGUCUUUAGUUUGUGCUGUAUUGAAGAUUGAGGUGGUCUUGUUUGAGAAUGUAACAGCACUCAUUGUGCAAAUUUUCUUACACCAACGUUACUUUUGCUUAGUCCAAAA